UCCCUCGUCCCUACACCUCCAGUCUGCUUCUGUUGUCUCGGCGGAUUGUUGGGCUGUGGGAGAGAAAAAAGGAUAUCGCGAGUAUUGGAGUUUUGGUGAGAGUUUGUGGAAGAUGGCGCCUGUUGUGACAGGGAAGUUCGGGGAGCGCCCUCAGCCACUGCGCCUAACAAGAGAAGCGAUGAGGAAUUACCUUAAGGAGCGAGGUGACCAAACUGUCAUGAUCCUGCACGCAAAAGUUGCACAGAAAUCCUACGGCAAUGAGAAAAGGUUCUUCUGCCCUCCUCCCUGUGUUUACCUGAUGGGCAGCGGCUGGAAGAAAAAGAAGGAGCAGAUGGAGCGAGACGGCUGCUCCGAGCAGGAGUCGCAGCCCUGCGCCUUCAUCGGCAUCGGCAACAGCGACCAAGAAAUGCAGCAGCUUAACUUAGAGGGAAAGAAUUAUUGCACAGCCAAAACCUUGUACAUAUCCGACUCCGACAAGAGAAAGCACUUCAUGUUGUCUGUCAAGAUGUUCUACGGCAACAGCGCUGACAUCGGUGUCUUCCUCAGCAAGAGGAUCAAAGUCAUCUCCAAGCCCUCCAAAAAGAAGCAGUCGCUCAAAAACGCCGACUUGUGCAUCGCAUCAGGGACCAAGGUGGCGCUCUUCAACCGGCUUCGGUCCCAAACAGUCAGCACGCGCUAUCUCCACGUGGAGGGAGGAAACUUUCACGCCAGCUCCCAGCAGUGGGGCGCCUUUUACAUCCACCUGUUGGAUGACGAGGAGUCAGAAGGAGAAGAGUUCACUGUGAGAGACGGUUACAUCCACUACGGCCAGACAGUCAAACUGGUUUGCUCUGUCACUGGAAUGGCCCUGCCCAGACUGAUCAUCCGUAAGGUGGACAAGCAGACGGCGCUGCUGGACGCCGACGACCCCGUCUCCCAGCUCCACAAGUGUGCCUUCUACCUGAAGGACACAGAACGCAUGUACCUGUGCCUUUCCCAAGAAAGGAUCAUCCAGUUUCAAGCCACUCCAUGCCCAAAGGAACCAAACAAGGAGAUGAUCAACGACGGCGCCUCCUGGACAAUCAUCAGCACAGACAAGGCUGAAUACACUUUCUACGAGGGCAUGGGCCCUGUCCACUCGCCUGUCACCCCCGUGCCUGUGGUCGAGAGCUUACAGCUAAACGGUGGCGGCGACGUCGCCAUGCUGGAGCUGACAGGACAGAACUUCACUCCAAAUUUGCGGGUCUGGUUCGGAGACGUCGAGGCUGAGACCAUGUACAGGUGUGCAGAGAGCAUGCUCUGCGUCGUCCCCGACAUCUCCGCCUUCCGCGAGGGCUGGCGCUGGGUGCGGCAGCCCGUCCAGGUGCCCGUCACGCUGGUUAGGAACGACGGCAUCAUCUAUUCCACCACACUGACCUUCACCUACACGCCGGAGCCCGGGCCGCGGCCACACUGCAGCGCCGCCGGGGCCAUCCUGCGGGCCGGGAACUCCAGCCUGCUCAGCAACAGCAGCCAAGAAGCCGGCGCCGGCGUCUACGGCCCCAACAGCACCUCCAACGCGGGAGUCACGUCCUCAUCCUCCACUGCCGCAGCCGUGGUCUCCUAACGCACACCGGGAGCCGCCGAAUACUAUAUGCCUUGAGAGGAGACGUACCACAAGGUGUAUAAAGACUACGGGAAAUAAUAAACAAAGACUGACUCUGAAGUGCUGCGUAAUUUUGGAUACAAAGAAAAAAAAUAGGAGAAGGGGAAAUCUGAAGGAGGAGUAAAAAAAAAAACAUCACAAGCCGACGGGAAUAAGUGCUCCUCGCCACGCCCCCUCUCCGGUGGUUACUUUCGGGACCUGCCUAUCCAGUUCUGGUGGAAUGAGUGAAGUUCCUGCAGGCUCAGAGCACCAGCACCUUUCUAUGGCUGCGAGAAACCACAA